CUGUAUUAUCACAUGUCAUAUACGUAAUCGUCUAUCGAAGAUUUAUUUAUUCUAUAAAAGAGCACCAGUAGUUGCUAGUAACACCUACAUAUACGUAAUAAAAAUUUUGCGAAAGUGAGAAAUGGAGGGCUAUUUUAUGCACGUUUCACAAGCAGUAACUGAAGCUAGAUUUGGAAAAGAUGUGGAGGAAAAGGUUUACUCCAUCCGUGAACUGAAAACCUGGAAGUUUUGGAGAGCGGUGUUGGCAGAGUUCGUAGGGACUAUGUUAUUUGUCUUCCUAGGAUGUGCUUCCACAUUAACUGACCCCAUAAAUCCCGUCAGAAUAGCGCUUGCAUUUGGACUGGCGAUUAUGGCCCUUAUUCAAAUGUUUGGUCACAUUUCCGGCGGACAUUUCAAUCCUGCGGUUUCUUUGGGAUUUUUGGCGAGUUUUCAGAUCACUAUUUUUCGCGCUUUGUUUUACACAAUUGCUCAAACCAUUGGAGCCAUUGUGGGAGGAAUGAUUCUGAGAGGAGUGACACCAGGUGCAUUCCAUUCUAAUCUUGGAGUGACCAAAGUCUCCGAUAGCUACACUCUUUUACAAGGAGUUGCCAUUGAGCUGAUUUUAACAUUUUGUCUUGUCUUUGUUAUUAUUGCGACAACAGACGGAAACAGAACAGAUUUUGGUAGUGUUUCUUUGAAAAUUGGGCUCACGGUAGCAAUGCUGCAUUUUUCUUCCAUUACCUUGACGGGGUCCAGUAUGAACCCUGCCCGAUCUCUAGGGAGUGCUGUAGCCUCCAACGAUUACGACACACAUUGGGUAAAGUCUAUAGACGGUCUGUGAUAAUUAUUUCUAUUCUAGGGGACCAUAUGAUACUAUUACAGUACAUACGCAUUUAUACAUAUACGAGGGGUGACCAAAAAGUUCGCCAACUAAUUGAAUAACUUCCAUAAAAAUAAUGAUAUAGGGUUUUACUGUUGAAUUCUUUUUUUUAAAUCUAGUCUUCUCCGAUUUUAACACGCAUCUGCAACCAUUCUGUCCAUGCGCGAAUCACGUGAUCUAGACGGUCAAAUGACAUGCUCCAUAGCGUUCUGUCAGAUAAGCUAAAUGAUUUUUUCGACUCAUAGUUCUUACCAUGCAAGUUAUUUUUGAUAACAAACACAGUUUAUUUGUCAGAAAUGGACAAAUUUCGACAAUAUAGC